AUGGCAUCUGAACUGGGUAAGGAGGGAUGUGACAAUUUGAAGGAGAUAAUGUUCAGUGAAAAUGGGAUGCGAAUGGACUGGAGGUCUCAGUGGGAUGACAUCAUGGGUAAAAAAUUAUUAAGCCUUCUGCCUGAUAAAGAGAAAAAUGAAGUCUACCAAAAGAUUGCUCUCAAACUUCCUUUGCCAAACUCAGAGCCUUUGGUGCUCUUCCGUAGCUUCUUCCCCAGCCGGUCCUGUGAGUCGUCUGCCACAAAUCUUUCUUUGGAGGAUCGGUUUUUUCUGGUGGGGACCGUUUGUAUCUUCAGGGUUCAAACUCUAAGGGACCUUUUCACUGUAAAGGAGUCCAAUGAAGAUGUUCUGCUGGUCCCAGAUUCGGACGAGGAACAUCUACCUGUGGACCACAGAAGCGUUCAAGGCCAAAGAAGACGUUCUAGAAUGGAACUCCUGCAUGCUGAACCUGAUGCUCCUGCCUCAGAAGGUCAAGUUGAUAUUGUAAUGGUUGACAAGUAUGGACGACAAAAAUCUGUUCGUGUCAUUAAAAGAAAGUCUGUUACAUCUUAUGACUCCACAUCCACCUUGGAAACCAUACCUGAAUCGCCAGCAACAUCAUCUUUGCAGAGCUUUGAAUUCGAACCUGAGGUGGGACAUGUGGAGCAGAUGGACCAGAUGGGUGAGAUGGAGCAGGUGGAUGAGAAGGAAGAGGUGGAAGAGGUGGACCAGGCCCCUGUUACCUCUACCUUGAAUUACCUCUACAGCCUCCUAACUAGCUUCUCUCUGACUCUAAACUUACUUCCUCCUGUCAGUUCAUCUUCCACACAGCUGCCAGAAGGCAUGUUGUACAACAUUGAUUCACUACACCCACCACCAUCCAUCACAUGGUACAUCAACAGACGGGAGAUGGAGCUGAUGAAGAAGUUCCGGAAGCAGCUGGAGAAGAUGACGCAGAUGCUGCAGGGUGAGAUCCGGAACCAGAGCCACGUGCUGGAAAUGUUGAAGGAGCAGCUCCAGGCAAUGCAGGAUUCCAAGUUCCAGAUGCAGCCGUCUACCUCACGCCACAUUCACAGUCCUGAGCCCCAGUCUUUGGAGCCAGUGCCCAAGAAACAACGCAUUGAGCCGAUGAACAGGUCCUUCCCGGACCUCAGGGAGGCCAAGCAUUUCUGUGGAUCAUGUUCAUCCCAGUCCUUCCAAUUCCCCGAGGAGCUUGAGGAGCCCUGUGAUGCCUUUUCCCAGCAGCCCGCUCAGGAGCUGGUGCAAUGCCCGCCACAGCAGGAGAGGCUGCAGGAGCAGUCACAGCAGCAUCAUGUUACUGUGGAGAACCCUGUGCUGCAAAUACUCCUGCCAAGCCAACCUGGCCUCUCCUUGCCCCUCAGUGAUAACACCCAUAUGUUUAUGCCGACCCAGCCCACCACGGCUCCUGUCCACUUAGUAGCUGAGCAACAGCUCUUCGGCGACGAUCAUGGUGAAAGCCUUGGGGGCCAGGAAGACAGGAGUCAUAGUUUUCUUCCUGAGGACCAGCAGGGGCCCUGCCUGGGUCCAGUGGUCCUGGCACGUAACCCCAGCUCUGAGAUGAUUUCUCCUACCAUCAUCCCUCAGUAUCAGAUAAGUUCUGACUCAAACGUAGUCACGCUGCAGAUCCCAGAGGAUUACAUCCAACUUUGGCAACAGCCAGAAGACCCAGAGCAUCACCUUUACCUCCAAGUUAAUACUUGGCCUUCCAGUGAGCAGGCCGCCCUGCAGGACCAAGUUACCUGGGUCCAGGCACCAGCCCCUGAGGCAGAAGUCCAGGGCUCUUCAGGUCUACAGACUUCCCAAGACCACGUGGAAUAUGAGCCAGACCAAAUCUGCUACUUCAUGUCUGCAGUGCAGUCCGACUUGCACGAGUAG